AGAAUGGUUUCUCUCACGACUUUGACGCGUUAUUAUUCACAAAAUUCUAUGAAAGAAGUUUCUGCAAAAACAGAGGAGGGGUUAAAUAUUACCCCCUUUCUAUCUGAGCCACUCAAGGCGCUUUCUCUUUUGGAAGAGGACGCCAACCUUGAAGAAACAGGAAUAUUGAAUUCCCAGGUUAACUGUCUUCAACUCUUUGGCAGUGAAAGGGAUUGUUAUCGUCGAAGCUUGUGCGUCGACUCCCUUAGGAAGCCCCACUUUCAGAAAGCACAGCAGAUAAUCACACAAGACGACACAAAGGAACGUCUUGGCUAUUUGGAGGAGUCUCAGCGUCCAAGUUCCACUUCUAUACCUACUUCUAUUUCCAGCAUAAUUCUGGAACUUGUGCCUUGGAACGACUUAUCUCUCAAGGCCUUAUUCAACUACUACCAGAAUGAGAUUAGAGAAAAGGAUGUUGCUGUAUGUGUGGGGUUGUUAUCAUUAAGGAAUGAUCAAUCUUCUAACUGGGAAACUUGGAAGUAUAGUGGCGACACUGUCACUCCUCAGUUGCCGUUAUCUUUGUUUUCCAGACUAAUACUAGCACUUUCGAGUCAAGAAAUUAGUUCAAAUGAAAGUGACAGUCAUAAGAGUCGUUCUCCUUUGGAUAUUUUUAUAGAUGUUGUCCUAGAGUGUCUUCCAAGCCUUGAUUGGCAACAAGUAGCUCGAUGUCUUGACUUCCCUUCGUUCUAUGUGAAGGACACAAAGGUGUUGGAAAAUUUAGUGAAUGUAUACAAAAAAGCAACAGGGGAUACUUACUUUCCAGCACAUAUUCUCAUGAAAAGAUGGAACAACGUACGUGGACAAUUGUCCUUCCUUGCAGCCAGUCUUUCCUGUACGUAUCCCAAAGUUAACUUUUGGGAUUUGAGUCCAAAAGUUGCUCCUUUUGAAAGCGUUGCCGUGAAACUCGAUGAAACAUAUGCAAUAACAUGGUCUGCAGUACCUCUUAUCGACACUUUAUUAGAAUUGGCAGAAACGGAACACUAUAUGGCAGUUCGGCUGAUUUUCGACAUUCCUCUUAAACAUUGCCCAGAAGUUCUACUUUUGGCCUUGUCACAAUGUGAACCUCGCUGGAGCAAGAUGUACCGAGAACUCGUUCAUAUCCUCUUCGUCUUGUUUUUUGAUAAUCAUCCCAACUUCAUGCCUGUUGCUCGGAGAUUGUAUUACGUCAAUGCAGACUUACUGAAAUAUGGCAUAGUUGAAGCGUGGAAGAAGAGCCCUUCAUGUCUUACCCGUAUCUUAGAUGUAUGUCAAGACUUGAAAGUUGUACCGGAAGUGUUGCAGCAUUCGAAUUGUUCUCAGUUUUCGAUCGAUUUGGCAGUUUUAGCAGCACGAAGAGAAUAUUUGAAUUUAGAAAAGUGGUUGACAGAUGAGAUGAAAGAGAACGGUCCAGAAUUCUUCCAGGCUUGCAUUGAGUAUUUGACAAAGAAAAUUCAGUCUUUUGAGGAGAAACCGGGAGCUUCCGGAAUGAUUUUUAACCUUGAAGCUACAGCCGCAAUGUUUAAGGUUUUGCACUCUUUUGUUCAUUCCAUGCCGUCAGGACUUGUUGACUCUUUGAAUCUUUUGUUUGCGAAUUAUGUUCGAAUGAACCCCAGAAUGGAUACGACAUCUAACAAAGCGUUGAAUGAUCUUUCUCAGUCCAAGUCAGUAAGUUCUACUGAAACUACUGGCCCAGCUUCUUCGGAUGUAUUUAGCUCUGAUAUUGAAGAAGAAACCAACUCAUUCUUCAAGAAGAUUUUCUCAUCUAAACUUAGUGUAGAUGAAGGUAUUGAGCUUUUAGAAAAAUACAAAGCAUCAAGCGAUGUACGAGAGCAGCAACUUUUUGCUUGCACUAUACACAACUUGUUUGAUGAGUAUCGGUUUUUUCCAAACUAUCCAGAGAAAGUUUUGAAGAUAACAGGAGAGUUAUUUGGUGCUUUGGUAGAGCGCCAACUUGUCACCGCUUUAACUUUAGGAAUAGCUUUGAGAUACGUUCUGGAAGCUUUGAGAAGACCAGGCAGAAUGACUUUGUUUGGGUUGGCUGCUGUGAAGCGUUUCCAAAAUCGUCUUUCUGAGUGGCCACAAUACUGUGCCCAUAUUACUCAUAUCGCCCAUUUAAAGGAGGAAGACCCUGCUUUAUUUGAGUCGAUACGCAAGAAUGCUAAGAAAGUUAAUGAGGAAGAAUCCAACUUUCGUUCUGCAGUGUCGAGUCCAAUAAGUGCACCUCUGAAGACAGAAGAUUCUAAAGAAUUUCAUGAAACCAAGCCUGUCGCCUCAUCUCCCAAUGCUACUUUCUCCGAUGCACCAGAACAGGUUAUGUCUGAAAUGGCUGGAAUGUCUCUGAAUGAUAAUGUUCGAUCUGAGAAGAUUGAAACAUACGUUGGUUUUGGGACUCCUUUGAGUCUUGAAAGUGUUCUUUCAUCUAGCGGAUAUAAUACCUCCGCAGUAGCAACCCCUGAAGAGGAAAUCCAAGAGAAAAUACACUUUAUCUUUAAUAACUUAUCGAGUAGCAACCUGGAAGACAAAGCCGAAGAACUUGCUCAAUGUUUGGAAGCUGACUUUUUGGAAUGGUUUUCGCAAUAUUUGGUCGUCAAGCGCGCCUGUAUCGAACAAAAUUUUCAAGAGUUGUAUGUUGCCUUUUUAGAAAAGCUGCAGAAAUUCUGGAAUAAGGUCUUCCAGCUAGUAUUGUCCAAAUCAUACGAAUACGUCAGUAUUCUCUUAUCUUAUGAAAAGAUACGUUUUUCUACUUCAGAUAGAACCUUGUUGAAAAAUAUGGGGAGCUGGAUUGGUAUUCUGACGCUUGCAAGGAACAAGCCGAUCCUUGCAAAGGACUUGGAUCUAAAAAAUAUUUUAUUAGAUGCUUACAGCAGAGGACGCUUGAUAGCCGCUAUUCCAUUUACUGCCAAAGUGCUAGAUAGUUGUAAAAAGUCAAAAAUAUUUCGUCCUCCUAAUCCCUGGCUGAUGGCAAUACUUGGUCUUUUAAAGGAGCUGUACAAUCUCCCUGAUUUGAAGUUAAAUCUGAAAUUUGAAGUGGAAGUUCUGUGCAAAAAUAUCUCCGUUGACCUAAGAGAAGUGCAUGUUUCUGAUUUGCUGAAGGAUAGACCUUUGCCAAGCCGUGAUGGCAAUCCGGACUUUUCUAUCAAGCCGGCAUCAUUUUCAUCCCCGUUUCGAGAUAUUCCAUCGUCACACAAAGGUGUAUCUGCUGUAGACGAAACUACUCCUUCUCAUGUGGAAUUUGACUCUUCUACAAAAGUGCCAUCGAAAUCCCCAGUUGUAUUUGGAGAUAUGAAGUUAGACAAGACUGAAUCUAUUAAGUGGGACUCGGAAAGCUACAAGGAUAAGAAUAUUUCUCAUCUUUCUGCACCGCAAGCACUUUAUAUGGCAGCAACUGCACCUCCAGCAAAUGCUGCAGCAGCUGCAGCUACUGCAGCAGCGGUUGCUGCGGCUGCAGAAGGUGUCACUGUUAUACCCAACUUGGGAAGUUAUAUUGUUGUGAAUUCUUCACUCUCACUUUUAAAGAACAUUCCGGAGCUGAAACGUCUGCUUCCUGUUGCAGUAGAUCGUGCAGUUCGUGAAAUCAUUCAGCCAGUAGUUGAAAGGAGCUGCCUUAUUGCAAGUAUUACCAGUAGAGAGUUGGUAUUGAAAGAUUUUGCCUUGGACAAAUCGGCGGAGCAUUUAAGACAGGCAGCGUACAAGAUGGGACAAAGCUUGGCGAGCUGUCUAGCUUUGGUAACCUCAAAGGAGCCUCUCAGGGUUUCACUUUCCUCGCAUUUGCGAAAUUUAUUGGUUCAAGCUGUUGGCGAAAACGAAUUGAUUGAACAAACUGUUCAAACGUUUUGUAAUGACAAUAUUAAUGUUGGCUGUUUUAUAAUUGAGAAGGCUGCGUCAGAGAGAUUGUUGAGAGAAGUCGAUGAUAAUACUGUUAUUCGUGAAGCUAUAGCUUUUCGAAAUAAGAAUCCUUCCGAUGAGGAUCUUUUGGACUCAUUGCAAACAAACUUCGUCCUGAAUCUUCCUUCCUUUCUGUAUCCUCGUCCUGGUGAAAUGAGUUCAGAAUUUUUCUCUGUUUAUGAAGACUUUGCCAAAGUUACUGUUCCUUCUCAAGAAAAUUUAGUAGAUUCACCUAUCUUAAGGGAACCUUCACCUACUGGAAAUGUAACUAGUUCGGUUCUCGGUAAGAAUGAUCGUAAAGAUGGUUUGGAAGAUGUAUCAAAAGACAAUCGAAUGAGAAUCAUCUCAUCUCAAGAAGCUGUCGUUGCUGUCUAUCGUUGUUGCGAACUAGCUAUAGAUUAUGUGAGGAGAAGUGGUGCCAUUAAUUCUGAUGAUUUGUCACGCGAUGAAGAAGUGAUGAGUCGACUUCAUAAAGUUUCAUCUAUUCUUGAGCAAGUUUCAGACGUUGAAGAUGUUUGCUUUGUUACUAGUCAGAAGUUAUUCCGACAGCUGUUGGAUAAUUCCAAUCAUUCAGAAAGGGAAAUAGAGAUGUAUCAAAUUCUUUUAGAAUUAUUGAAGAACUAUUGCCCAAAACUUAGGUCAGAAGUGUUCCUGGCUUGGCUUUCGCAAAUAGAAGAUUCAAAGUCAUAUCCCGUAUUAGUCAUUCAAAAAUUAUUGCAGCGUCGACGUCUUAUUAAACCUGUUGAUUACGACAAAAUACUAUCGCGAAAGAUUGAGACUGAACAGUCAGUUGCAGUCAUAGAGUUUGCUGCUAAUUUACUUUUUCGUCUUAUCUGUUUGGAACGAGUUUCGCUUGCAGGCGAAUGGCCUGCUUCUCUGGAAAUUUUUAAGCGAGUAGUGGAUGCUGAAAGUAGACGUAUCACUUUUUCAGAAACCGUUUGGAAGUUAUUGGAGUAUCUUGUUAACCUGGAAACUGGCUCGCAGUCAAAUGAAGCCAAGUCUCCUUUCUCUUCCAGCCCCUUACAGUCAACUUCUCAUGCAUCGUCACUUCCGAUACCUCUUGAGAAGGAGAAUAUUUCUAGAACUUUGAGUGAUUGGAUGACUCUUUGUCUAAGUGAGGAAUCAAUAUCUCAAGUCAAAUUGUUGGAUGUCUUGCGAAACAUUUGUUUUGGUUUUCGUUUAGACUCUGAUGAGUCCUGCAGAGAGUUGUUCUUCCAAAUUGCAACAGAACUGUCAUGUGACUCUUGUCGCCGGAAUCUUCUACAUCGAGAUGCGGCUCUAGCUGAUCCUGGUAAUCCUAAUUCGGCCGUCGUUAUCACCAAACUGUCUGGUGGUGCACCAUAUCAAGUGACAGACACAUAUGUGAUGUUAGUGAUGAAUUUGGCAAGGAAUGCGUCCUUUAUUCUCUCCUCAAAGUCACAAACCAUUCAGCAUUUCCGAAUAUCUCUCUUAAAUGGCUUUUUAAAGUCUGUAGUCCGCUCUGUUUUGACCGUUUGUCAGCAAACUUUGAAAACUUUGUUGAAUAGUGGUAAUGAUGUUUAUGCUCGUUUGGGUGAUCCGCGACCAUUUUAUCGACUUUUGUCUGACCUCAUUUACGAAUUGGAUGCAGAAAACAAAGAUGCAAAUGAGAUCCUCCGAGGAACUGAAGGGGAUUCGACCAAUGUUGAUCUUUCAGACUUCCAAGUGUUAUCGCUCCUGACCAGUGCUUUGCAUACUAUUCAACCUCAAAGAGCACCAUGUUUUGCUUUUUGUUGGUUAGAAUUGGUUUCUUGCCGUCUCUUUAUGUCCAGACUGUUAUUCUUGCAUUCUAAUAAGGGUUGGCCAUUAUUUCAUCGGUUACUAAUUGAUGCUUUGUUAUUUUUAGAACCUUACUUGAAGGAAGCCUUUCUACCCAAAAGCAUCAAAACAUUUUUCAAAGGAUUCCUUAGACUAUUACUAACAUUAUUACAUGAUGUGCCAGAGUUUUUGUGUGAAUAUUGCUUUACUUUAUGUGAUUCCAUUCCACCAAAUUGUACUCAGCUACGCAAUCUAAUUUUAUCAGCUUUUCCAAGAGACAUGAGGUUACCUGAUCCGUUUCUUCCGGAUUUGAAAGUAGACACUUUACCUGAAAUGAGCAUUUCACCUCGUGUUGUUACCAAACUGAGUUCGUUAUCCUAUAAGAAUAUUCGUCAACUGUUGGACCAUAUCCUGAGUAGUCGAGCAAAGGCGGCCGAUUUGAUAGAGUUGCGAAAUCGUCUUUUGUUAUCCCGAGAUGAAGCACAGGAUUAUGACAGUAUAUACAAUAUUUCGGCAAUCAAUGCCUUGGUUUUGUAUGUUUGUCGACAUGCAAUUUCGCAAUCUCAGCAAGUUCCUAGAAUUAUCAACAUGUCACCACAUAUGGAUGUUUUGGAGUUCUUAGCCACAGAGUUGACACCAGAAGGUCGAUAUUACGUUCUCAAUGCCAUUGCAAACCAGCUUCGAUAUCCUAACACUCAUACACACUAUUGUAGCUGUGUGCUGUUAUAUCUGUUUGCUGAUGCGAAGAGUGAAAUAUUGAAAGAACAAAUAACGAGAGUUUUGGUGGAGCGUCUGAUUGCAAAUAGACCUCAUCCGUGGGGUUUAUUGGUUACUUUUAUAGAACUGAUCAAGAAUCCCCGAUAUCGUUUUUGGUCCUGUAGUUUUGUUCGUUGUACUCCAGAAAUUGAAAAAUUGUUUGAUAACGUUGCCAGGACAUGUAUAGCUAAUACUUCAGGAGGACAUUGAAUAUUCUUAAAUAAAUAGUGGUUUUUUCGCUGUCCUUUGCUGACAAAUAAAUGCAUUUGCUCUUGU